AAAGUGUUCUCAUCCGAUUCCACGCAGUUUAAUUGAAAGCGGAAUCUGUGCAAAAGCUGACCAUUCAGUGUGUGAAAAAGUUGGAAAUCCGGUGAUCAUAUAAAAGGUUAUGCAGAAAUAGGAUGAAAAUUUACCUGCUACUUGGAUUACUGUUCGGCGCCGUAUCGGCGCUAAGUGCUGCGACUGGAAAUGUCUUCUGCUUCUACAAAACCGGAGCAGCCUAUCGAGUUGGCAACGGACGGGUGGCCGUUACAGAUCUGGACCCAAACCGGUGCACUCAUCUGGUCUAUCAAUAUGUCAAACUACAGGCCAACGGAGCCAUCCAAACGCUAGAUCUAGACACUGGUGAACUGCAGCAGUUUGUCAAAUUGAAAAGCAGCGGUCAUUCGACACCAAAAAUUCUGGUCUCCAUAGGCGGUCCUCAUCAAGGUUCCAACAUUCUUUCGGCACUGUUCGCAGUUCCGUCACUGCGGCGUACCACUGCUAUUUCUAUCUUCAAUUUUGUCAACCAAUACGGACUCGAUGGCAUCGAUUUCCACUGGCAGUGGCCAGUAUUAAACGGAGGUAAUCCGGUCGACAGAAUCAACUUUCCUCAGCUGCUGACAUUACUACAAGAAAAACUUCAACCGACCGGGAAGAUACUCAGUAUUUCAGUUGCACCUACUAAAGAUUACUUCUGGUCUAGCUACAACGUGACAGAAAUAAAAAAAUAUGUGAAUUUUGUUAAUAUCAUGGCGUUCGAUUUGCACGCAUACUGGAAUGGGAGGACUGGCCAUAAUGCUCCGGUUUAUCGAGCACUCGCGGAAACAUCUAUUAUCGAACGAGAACUGAAUGUGGACUUCAUUUUGACCGGAUGGAUCAGCGCUGGAAUGGACCCGGCGAAGAUUAUUCUCGGAGUGUCAGCCAAUGGACACAGUUUUAAGUUAGCGAAUACAAGCAUUAUCGGUGUUCAGGCUAGAACAAUUGGGCCAGGACCGAGCGGUACUUACACUGCGGAAACCGGCGUUCAGAGUUACCUGGAGGUAUGCGAAACUAUUCAAAAAGGUGGCUGGAAUACGGUUUGGGACACUGUGCAAAAGGCAUACUACGCUUACAAAUCGACCACGUGGCUGUCGUUUGAAAGUUUAGCUUCCCUGGAAAAUAAGAUAAAAAUGGCCCGAGAUAAGAGCAUCGGUGGCCUAGCAAUCUGGGACAUGGAAGGAGACGACGUUCGGAAUAUCUGCGGCGGAGGCAAAUUUACCUUGCUUAGUUAUAUCUUUAGCCAGCUAUACGACGAAGCAGAGUCCGAAACAACAGUAACAACAACAACAACUACUACCACUAGUACUACUACUACAACUACUGCGAGCACUACUACAGCACUAAGCCAUUAUCCGGAGUAUUGUCCCGCUAGUGGCUACUACAGGGAUCCUCUUGAUUGUGCUUCUUUCUAUCGAUGCGUUGGAGGCGCAAAGUUUACUAUACUUGGAUAUCACACAUGUCCCUCGGGGCUUCAUUUCGAUUCGACAGCCAAUGUUUGCAAUUAUCCUAAAAGUGCGAAAUGCGGUUAGGAAAAGACUACCACAAAAUUCUACAGCAAGUAACAGAAACCAGCUACUGUUCGCUAGAAACUUCUUCAUUAGUCCCUUUGAGUUUGAGUUAAUUUGAGUAUUAUAAAAUGUAUUAUAAAUCGGAUCAAUCUAGUGAAAGUUCCAAUCAUUUUGAAAUCUCCAAAUUUUCCAUAGACUAAGAUUUUAUGAUGGUCAGUUGUCUCUAGAGAUUGUAGAACUUACUAAGUCUCUGUGCGAAGUAACGAAUCAAACCUAUAGAGAGCUGUACGAAAAAUGUUAUUUCUAACCCAUCAAAUACGAUUUGUUGUUAUUUUUUUCUCAGCAAUGAACAGUCAAACCACCAAACAACAAAUUAAUCAGUCUCGAACGGGUAUUGAAAGAAUAAAAAUAUGAAACUUUCAUGACGACAAAGCAC